AUGGAUACCCAGGGCCACGAGGUCGCGCCAAAGUCGGCCCACAGUGGGCUCGCCGGCAACAUGAGCCCGGAGAAGAGGGCUGCGGUUGAGAAGAAGCUGAAGCGCAAGCUUGAUGCGCGAUGCUCGCUAUUCGUGUUGAUCUACAUCAUGAAUUACCUCGACCGCAACAACAUCGCUGCUGCGCGUCUUGGUGGUCUGCAGGAGGAUCUUAACAUCAACAACACCCAGUAUGCGACAUGCUUGUCCAUUCUGUACGUGGGGUACAUCUUGAUGCAAGUUCCCUCCAACAUGAUCAUCAACCGCAUCCCCCGUCCCUCCAUCUACAUCGGCGUCGUCAUGCUCAUCUGGGGUAUGAUCUCGACCUUGUCCGGAAACGUGACCGACUUCGCCGGCAUGGUUACCAUCCGCUUCUUCAUUGGUUUCGUCGAGGCUGCUUUCCUCCCCGGUGCCCUCCUCAUCCUGUCCAAGUGGUACACACGCCGCGAACUCACACUCCGCAACGCUAUCCUCUUCUGCGGUAACCUCAUCUCCAACGCCUUCUCUUCGCUCGUCGGUGCCGCCGUCCUGUCCAACAUGGAGGGUACCCUCGGCCACCGUGCCUGGAGGUGGUUGUACUGGAUCGAAGGUGCUGCUACAAUGGCCAUCGCCAUCGCCGCGCUGUUCAUCCUGCCCGAUCUUCCCCACAACUCCCGUGGCUUCACUGAGGAGGAGCGCGCCGUCGCUGUCCUCCGCAUGACCGAAGACGUCGGAGAAGCCGAUGAGGACAGCGCCGAGGAGUCCGCCUUCGCUGGUCUGAUCAUGGCCGUCAAGGACUCCAAGAUCUACGUCCUGAUGCUGACAUUCACCGCCUACGUCGUCGGUCUGUCUUUCAACGCCUUCUUCCCAACACUCACCCGCACCCUCGGCUUCGGCUACAUCACCACCCUCCUCAUGUCCGCGCCCCCGUGGGCGUUCGCCUGCGUCGUCUCACUCAUCAAUGCGUGGCAUGCUGAUCACACACAAGAGCGUUUCUGGCACAUCGUCGGCCCCAUUCUCGGUGGCCUCGUCGGUUUUAUCAUCUCCAUGUGCACGCUCAACACCGCUGGUCGCUACGUCGCGCUGUUCCUGCAGGCCUCCGCCUACGCUGGAUUCAUCGUGUUCUACUCCUGGAUCUCGUCCUCCUUCCCUCGUCCUCCUGCUAAGCGUGCCGUCGCUAUCGCCAUGGUGAACGCCUUCUCGCAACUCGGAAACAUUGCUGGUUCGUACGUGUGGAACUUACCCGACAAUGGCUACAGGGGCAGCUACGGUAUUGUUACCGCUAUGUUCGGUGUUACGAUUGUCGGGUGCUACAUCUUCAAGCUUAUCUUGACCAACCUGAACAAGAAGCUCGAUGCUGGCGAGACUGCUUGGGAGACGCACGGUGAUGUUGCAGAGCACACUGCGCAGAUGGAGGGUAUGACUGUCGAGGAGGGGCAGAGAUUGAUGAAGGGAUACAGGUAUCUCGUCUAG